AUGAUGGGGGCGCCGGUUCCAAUGCUGGCGCUACGGUCUAGCAUGACUUAUUUCGGAGGGCUGUUGAGGCUGUCUCGCUUAGCUUGUAGAGAUAUACAGCUUUAUCGUUUUAUUCAUUCUUCUUAUGCAAGCAAAAAGGAUUAUUAUAAGAUCCUCGGGGUCGAUCGUUCUGCCUCCCAGGCGGAAAUUAAGAAGGCCUAUUAUCAGUUGGCGAAAAAGUACCACCCUGAUGUAAACAAAGAUGACAAAACCGCUGCUCAGAAGUUUCAGGAAGUUAGUGAAGCGUACGAGAUUUUAGGUGACGAAAAUAAGCGCAAACAGUACAACUCCUUCGGAGCAGCUGGACCCUCUGCAUCUUCCGGGUUCCGAGGCCAGCAGCAAGAGGGUUUUGAGUUUCACUCUCAGAUUGACCCCGAAGAGUUAUUCCGGCGGAUAUUCCGCGACAGUGAAUUUGCGUUUAAAGAAUGGACUUCAGGAGACCGUGGUUUUGCAGAGACUAUUUUUGGAUUUAACCCAACGAAAGAAGUUUCCGUCAACCUCACAUUCGAACAGGCUGCACGUGGGGUGAACAAGGAGAUCAGCGUCAACAUGCCGACAAAUUGUCAACGUUGUGGCGGUUCCAGAGCCGAGCCGGGCACUGGUUCUUCUAUUUGUCCAAAUUGCCAAGGCACAGGCACGGAGAACCUCAACACUGGCCCGUUUUUAUUACGCUCAGUGUGCCGGCGAUGUCAGGGCAGUGGUUCCAUUGUUCGCUACCCUUGCUCCGAAUGCGAAGGCAAAGGAAAAGUCAUCGCCAGACAACGUGUCAACAUAGCGAUUCCCGCAGGAGUCGAGGACGGCCAAGUACUCCGAGUUGCCGUUGGUGAUUCUAGAAGAGAAACCCAGGAAUUGUUUGUACAGAUACGUGUCGAUCGGAGUCGAGAGUUUCGACGUGACGGCGCUGACGUUCACUCAGAUAUUACCAUCUCCCUCGCUCAAGCCGCACUGGGCGGAAAGAUCCGAGUUCCCGGAAUUUACGAGACAAUGCUUGUCUCUAUCCCGCCCGGCUCUGCAAGUCAUGAUCGCAUCCGGUUACCAGGCAAGGGUAUCAGUCGAGUCAAUGGAUACGGAUACGGAGAUCAUUAUUUACACAUCAAAGUUCAACCCCCCAGGCGUUUAACCGAAUUACAGCGAGCACUACUGUUGGCUUACGCAGAGACCGAACAGGAUGUGACCGGGACAGUGGAAGGUGUUACCUCCACCGAAUCUGGUGGUCGACGUGCGAUUGACACCACUCCCAGUUUUCUCCUCUCCCGUAUUCGAGCAGCUGUGUGCUCGGCCGAUCCGGAUCCCCGUUCGAAAAAAUCGGAAGAGGCGAACGAGAAGAAACGUGCAUCGGACAAAGGACAAUAG